GUUGUUGAUCCAUCCUCAAUUUUCUCCUGUAUGGGGGACAGGUCCACUUUGACAUUACAGAGUAUUUUCAGUAGAUGGUUGAAAAAACAUUACAGUUAAAUCCAUUUUAAUCCCACUAUGUAACACAAUAGAGAAAUCCAAGGGGUAUGAACACUUUUGCAUGUUAUGUAGAAUAGACAAUCGUGUCAGCCAGGGUAGGCGUCAAUUCCAAAUAAGUCAGUCCAUUCAGGAAGUAAACUGAAAUUCAAUUCAAUAACCGGAAAAGGGCAUCAAUUUUCAAUGACUAAUGGGAAGACAAUUUUUUAUUUUUGAAUAUGAAUUGACUACAACCCUGGAAUCAGCUCUAUACAAUAAAUGACUAUCAGAGGAAUGAUAACUGGAGAGACUGUUAGAUGUAGAAACAGCUGCUGUUCACCCUAAAGACAUAUUCAUUUAUUUCACCCCCCUUCAGCAUUAACACUCCCUGGGAUUCCUGCUGAGGAUUUUCUGAAGAAACACAGGGCUGUACUCAUUCAGGGAGUCAAAAACCCAAUACCAAUAGCAGAUGAUCUGUCGUCAAAGUACAUGAUUGGUGAAGAAGAGUACUCCAGAAUAACAGCUGAAACAACUGAACAGGAGCGAAUGAGAAAACUACUGAAUGCAGUCCUCCCUAAAGGACCAGAAGUGAUGGGAGCUUGUCUCAAAGCUCUCAGUGAACAUGAACGCCAUCUUGUUAAGUACUUGAGUGAAUCUAGCACCUAAUCUGAAGAUGCUGAGGCCUGUCUCCUAGUCUGUGGAGAAAGACACUUCUCCACCUAACCUGAAGAUGCUGAGGCCUGUCUCCUAGUCUGUGGACAAAGACACUUCUCCACCUAAUCUGAAGAUGCUGAGGCCUGUCUCCUAGUCUGUGGACAAAGACACUUCUCCACCUAAUCUGAAGAUGCUGAGGCCUGUCUCCUAGUCUGUGGACAAAGACACUUCUCCACCUAAUCUGAAGAUGCUGAGGCCUGUCUCCUAGUCUGUGGACAAAGACACUUCUCCACCUAAUCUGAAGAUGCUGAGGCCUGUCUCCUAGUCUGUGGACAAAGACACUUAAAUUAUUUUAAAUUGUAAUGUUUGCUAUUCUUUAAACAUGUGUUUUAUUCAUGUGCUUCAGGGAGAGCUCCUGAUUGACAUGUGUACUAUGGUACAUUGAGUUGUCUGACCAGGGAGAGUUCCUGAUUGACAUGUGUACUAUGGUACAUUGAGUUGGGUCUGACCAGGGAGAGCUCCUGAUUGGUUUGAACUUUUCCAGCUCAUUUCAGAUUGACUUCGAGUGUCUCUGUGUGGAAGAAUUUCCACAACAUGAUUUUGAAAACUCAAUUAAGGGGAUGAACUGGAAUGAUCUCUUGUCCUAUACAGAUGGGGAAGCUGAUAGUCAGGCUAGUCAAAGAUACACACCACCACGUUGACAUCUUGACCAAAGACCUUCCUUAGAUUCUUUACGGGAUUACAACUCACUCUGUCUGAAGGAAAUGAGGAAAUGGACUCACGAAAGGGGGAUAGCUGAGAGGGCAGAGAAGGCACGUGACAUCAUCGACAUGGUGUUGAGAAAAGGAACCGAAUCAAAGUUCCAGGAUGAUCAACCUUCUUGGGGAGCUGGAGCCCAUAUCUUUGUUCACAGCUUCAGAUCAACAGUUGUAGUCAACCCCUGGAGGUGGGGAGACCAGGCAGAAUAGACAGGCAGGAUGGUUCAACAUGUUCUGGUUGUCUGUUGCUUUAAUUCAGGAAAUGUCAAUCAAACAUGACCACUAAAAUAACGAUAAAACUUACGAAAGGUCCAAUCAAACAGCUGGAGGGUCAGUUAGGUCCAAUCAAACAGCUGGAGGGUCAGUUAGGUCCAAUCAAACAGCUGGAGGGUCAGUUAGGUCCAAUCAAACAGCUGGAGGGUCAGUUAGGUCCAAUCAAACAGCUGGAGGGUCAGUUAGGUCCAAUCAAACAGCUGGAGGGUCAGUUAGGUCCAAUCAAACAGCCUCUCUCCUUCUGCAGCCUCCUGGAAGGGCCAAUCAAACAGCUGGAGGGUCAGUUAGGUCCAAUCAAACAGCUGGAGGGUCAGUUAGGUCCAAUCAAACAGCUGGAGGGUCAGUUAGGUCCAAUCAAACAGCUGGAGGGUCAGUUAGGUCCAAUCAAACAGCCUCUCUCCUUCUGCAGCCUCCUGGAAGGGCCAAUCAAACAGCUGGAGGGUCAGUUAGGUCCAAUCAAACAGCUGGAGGGUCAGUUAGGUCCAAUCAAACAGCCUCUCUCCUUCUGCAGCCUCCAGGAAGGUCCAAUCAAACAGCCUCUCUCCUUCUGCAGCCUCCUGGAAGGUCCAAUCAAACAGCCUCUCUCCUUCUGCAGCCUCCAGGAAGGUCCAAUCAAACAGCCUCUCUCCUUCUGCAGCCUCCUGGAAGGUCCAAUCAAACAGCCUCUCUCCUUCUGCAGCCUCCUGGAAGGUCCAAUCAAACAGCCUCUCUCCUUCUGCAGCCUCCUGGAAGGUCCAAUCAAACAGCCUCUCUCCUUCUGCAGCCUCCUGGAAGGUCCAAUCAAACAGCCUCUCUCCUUCUGCAGCCUCCUGGAAGGUCCAAUCAAACAGCCUCUCUCCUUCUGCAGCCUCCUGGAAGUGUGGAUCUUCUAGCAGGAGGGUCAGUCAGUCCUACACUAGGUACCUAGCUGGACCCCUAUCUAGCAGGAGGGUCAGUCAGUCCUACACUAGGUACCUAGCUGGACUCCUGUCUAGCUGGAGGGUCAGUCAGUCCUACACUAGGUACCUAGCUGGACUUCUAACUAGCAGGAGGGUCAGUCAGUCCUACACUAGGUACCUAGCUGGACUCCUGUCUAGCUGGAGGGUCAGUCAGUCCUACACUAGGUACCUAGCUGGACUCCUAUCUAGCAGGAGGGUCAGUCAGUCCUACACUAGGUACCUAGCUGGACCCCUAUCUAGCAGGAGGGUCAGUCAGUCCUACACUAGGUACCUAGCUGGACUCCUAUCUAGCAGGAGGGUCAGUCAGUCCUACACUAGGUACCUAGCUGGACCCUAUCUAUCAGGAGGGUCAGUCAGUCCUACACUAGGUACCUAGCUGGACCCUAUCUAGCAGGAGGAUCAGUCAGUCCUACACUAGGUACCUAGCUGGACCCUAUCUAGCAGGAGGGUCAGUCAGUCCUACACACAUUCAACAUAAAUAUUUUUUAUGAAUAUAUUGUACAGUGUUGGCCUGUUAGAGGUUCAUGGGACUGGCUGGAUAUCAAUACGACCACCUCAGUCUAUCAGCAGCUUUCUGUGUUGAAACAGGAAGAUCAUUUAUAAGAAAGUAGAGGAAAUGGUUUACCUUUUAUUAUAGCUCAAUUCCGCCAAUAAAAAUAAGCAAGACCGAGCAAGAAUAAGACCGUGACCUCGGCGAUUUCCCUUCAAAAUAAAAGUCCCGCUGUUUGUGAAUUUCCUUUUUGUUAUUUUUUUUUAUAUAUUUUUUUUUACAAAUGUUCGAAAUUCGUAACAUUUUAGGAGGAAAUAUUAACAGACUUAGAAUGUUGUUCAACAAUAUGAAAACAAGUAAUAAAGUAAAUCGUCUUUACUGCAGAAAUUAGA